AUGGGGGAAUUCCUCAGUGAGUUGGCCAAUGUUGUCAUUGACCUGAGCGUCGAUCAGUCAUACUCGGACAUGAAAGACGCCGAAAAGUUAAACGAUAAUGCAGAAGAUAUGUUUCGCAAAGUAAAGGAAGCAAUCCAAAGUCUCCGUGCAGCGGCUGAUAAACUUGACGAAGUGUGGAGUGAUGGCAAGAUAACUCGUAUAGGUGGAACUUCCGUUGGUGUAGUGGGAGGAGUCCUCACCAUCAUCGGAGGAGUUGCAACGAUUAUGACGCUAGGGGCUGCUACACCCUUGUUAGUUACAGGAAUAAGCUUUGGCGUCAUCGGAGCUGGUACAAACAUAGCGGGAAAUAUUAAAGAGUCACUCAUCAACUCGAAAGAAAUCAAGAAAGCUGACAGUGACUUAAAGGAGGCUCUGGAUAGCAUAGAGAAUGUUAAUGAGACCAUCAACGAGAUGUUGGAUCACAAAGAUAUACCCAGAUUGCGCAACAUUUGCAAGCUGGCUGAGGCUAAUAGUUGGGGCAAGCCAGUGUGCAAGCUCUUCUGUAUGAUUUUGCUUGCCGCCGAAGAGGCUUAUAAAGAAAGCCAGGCCUUUGCAGGACCGGCAGCCAAAUUCGUUGCCUCAGAAGCUGGUAACGCAGGUAUAAAGGUGACUGGAAUACCUGGUGUAGGAGCUGCCGGAAAGGCUGGUGCAAAGUCUUCUGGCAAGGCUGGUGCAAAGUCUGCUGGCAAGGCUGGUGCAAAGUCUGCUGGCAAGGCUGGUGCAAAGUCUGCUGGCAAGGCUGGUGCAAAGUCUGCUGGCAAGGCUAGUGCAAAAGCAGCUGGGAAGGCUGGUGCACAAGCAGCUGGGAAGGUAGGUGCAGGAGCCGCCGAUGAAGUCUUAAAAGUUGGAACCAAAGCAGGAGGCAAACUUGCUGGUGGCUUGAUCGUUGGAAUCAGCACUGUAUUCCUGGCAUGGGAUAUUGCCGAACUUGGCUUCACUAUCAGAGAUCUCCUGGAAAAGAAAGGAUCAGACGCCGCCAAAGAAUUGAGGCAGAAAGCGGAGAAGCUUGAGAAU